CGACAGACUUGUUUUACCGGAAUAUAGGCCUUCAUAUCCUAACAUCCACGUGUGCUAAAAAGGUGAACAGUGUUUAACAUAUGGAUUGAGCUUUAGUAAUCGUGUCACAAGUAGGUCACCUGAAUAGGAUCAUAAUGAAAGUAGAGAUAUCUCGAGAUAUCUUUUAGAACUGGUACUGCCGAGGCAUUCCAACAAAAAAGUACCAUCAUCUACUGAAGCAUGUAUCCUGUGAUUGGGAAGUGUGCUAGUGGAUUAAGAAGAAUCUAUCUGCUGACGUUUGCAGCUAAGCAGGGAAUUACGCCAAGCCCCAAGUGACAGUUUUCUCAUAGAGAGUCCCCAAUCAGUGUUACCGCUGAUAGCCAGUCUGUCUGUCAACAUCUGCUGCUGUCGCGAUUGGAGGCGGUGUGAUGUAAUCAUGUUAUCAUGAUGUCCAAACAUUUUGUAUUCUCAAAAAACUGAAGAAUUGUGUUCAUAUUAGGAUUUGAAGGUCAUCUGACAUCCUGACACUGGAUUCAAGAUGGCCGUCACGCUGAAGGUGACGGAACCGAAGAGUUUCCAGACUGUGUUCAGUCUGACUAAAGUUGCCGGUAACAACCACCGUAAAGAGGUGUACAUUGUGGAGGAUGAGGACUCCCACUGUGACAGCAGGAAGUCCUCGUCAGCAGAGGACUUCUCUCUCAAACAAGUCAGGUUGUAUUUCCGUGACAGUGAGCUGGAGACACUGUACAGUAAGUACGUCAUCCAGAUGAAGAAACCUCUCGUGGUCGGCUACAUCGUCACCCUCAUCACCGUCUGCAUCGUUGUUCUCAUCAUCGACGUUGCAGUGAAAAAUGUGGUUGUCAUAGACUGGCACCAGAUUGCACAGUUAACCGUUCUUUGCUGCGGAACUGUUCUUGGGUUUCUUCUUCUCUUCUUGUUCGCAUUUAAAGACAUCUUUAUUCACCGACCAUCUGUGCUAUCUAUCGUCAUGUGGAUUAUUUGUAUUGUUCUCAUCAACCUGUAUUUCGGUUUCAGCAAAUACCGGACUACUACCGAUGACGUUGCUGUACUCUAUUACAUAACUCUGAUAUCAUACAUGGUGCUUCCGAUUUCGCAGAAAUGGUCCCUUUUGAUCGGAGGAUGUUCGCUGGUAGGACAGUUGCUUCUCUCGGGAUUACUGGCCAACAGACUGGAUGAAAAUCUGGUUCCGCAGUCGUUUGCUAAUGCUGUGAUAUUUCUUUGUGCCAAUGGGGUGGGGUCGUUUCACAAGUUUUUGUCGGACUUUGCGCACCGCAGAGCGUUUCUUGAUGCAAGGUAUUCUGUCGAGUCGAUGGUGAAUCUGGAACGGGAAAAAACACAGCAGGAAGAGCUGCUGGCCAGUUGUAUCCCGAGUUCCCUUGUGAAGCUGAUGAAGGAGGACCUGCGACAACAAAUGAUGAGAAAAACUCCAAAACUCUCUCCAUUCCAAGACCUGUAUGUCCAGCAUUACGAGGACGUCAGUAUUCUGUAUGCAGACAUAGUCAACUUCACGCCUCUUGCCUCUGAAUGCACAGCGGCUGAACUGAUCAAAAUGCUCAACGAAUUGUUUGGAAGGUUUGACCAACUAGCUAAGAAGUGUAGCUGUAUGAGGAUCAAGAUUCUGGGCGACUGCUACUACUGCCUCUCCGGCGUGCCCAACCCAGACAAAGAUCACGCCCCCAACUGUGUGCGCAUGGGCCUCACCAUGAUAGAUGUCAUCAGAGAAGUGAGAGAAGCGACGGGUGUGAAUGUUGACAUGCGUAUCGGGGUCCACACGGGCUCGGUGCUCUGUGGGGUGUUGGGACUGAGGAAGUGGCAGUACGACGUCUGGUCCGAUGAUGUCACAAUCGCUAACCACAUGGAGUCGUCCGGAGUUCCCGGACGUGUUCAUAUCUCACAGAAAACUUUUGACUGUCUGGAUGGGCAGUAUGAGGUGGAACCUGGAGACGGCGACAAACGGAGUUCUUACAUUAAAGAGAAAAACAUACAGACAUACUUCGUAGUCCCGCUUCAGAGAAGGCCUCGGAAGCAGCGUCUGGCAAGGACGCGGUACGAAGGUAACAUGCGGGCAUCGGUGAAGGUGACCAAAUACCUGGAGACGUGGGGCAUCGACAAACCAUUCUCAAACCUCAAGGCUCCAUCAAUGGUGUCAAAAGUCCUCAGUCUUACGAGUUUGGCUUUGGUGGACACAAAUUUCAUCAUGCACUCAAACGGAAUUGAUCAUGGUUUGUUGAACUGUGAGCGACAACUUCAGGAUGAAAUCAAUGGACAGCUUGAACAAAAACUUCAACAACUUGGAGUGGGCAAGUAUUGCUAUGACAACUCUGAAAUGACGAGAGUGUUGCUACGGUUCCGACAGAAAGAGCGGGAACAGAGUUAUCUGAAGGAGAAAGACAGAGUGUUCAACUUCCAAGUGGCGUGCGCGGGUUUCAUCUUCAUCUGCAUCAUCGUUAUUCAGGCCAUUAUGUUGCCACGAGUUAUUUCCCUGUUUGUGACAGGAGCCAUUGGUUUCAUCAUAUUUGUUAUAUUGUUAAUCAUCGGAUUCUCAGAGUCUUUCCUGCCAUGUGACUCUUUCUAUCGAAGGUUUCAUUGUCACAAGCUGGUGAACGUUUUGACGAAGAUCAACCGACACAUCACCGUGAGUCUGAGCGUCAGACUGGUUCUCGCCCUGUGCUGUAUGGGAUUCGUGCUCUUUAUUGCCAGUAUUAGCAUAAUCAACUGUAGUAAUGUUGUGACAUCACUCUCUUCAAAUGUGUCCAAUACCACUACAGAUGUAUAUGACGUAUGCAGAUACCCCAAUUACUAUGUUUUCUGUUUCCUUUUGAGUCUAACAUCGUGCACCGUCUUUGUCCAGCUCAGCUAUCUCAUCAAGCUGGUUGUCAUGACGAUCGCCGUCAUUGCAUACAACCUGCUCAUUUACGUUGGACGUUACGACCUGUUCAUUAUGUAUGAUGGUGAAGUGCAGGAGGAUGUAUCUGAAGACUAUUUGAAUUUGCCGAUACGGGCUUCCAUAUAUUUGAUAAUCAUGUAUAUCACACUUCAAGCUCUCGACAGACAGAUUGAGUACACAAAUCGUAUGGACUACCUGUGGAAAGUCCAGAAAGACACGGACGAGAUUCGGGUGACGGCGGCCAUUAAUAAAAUAAUAUUGGGAAACAUUUUACCUGUUCACGUGGCCGAGUAUUUUCUUAGAUCGUCGAGGAAAAAUGAGGAUAUGUACCAUCAGUCGUACCUGGAUGUUAGUGUGAUGUUCGCUUCCAUUCCAAACUUCAAGGACUUCUAUCAGCAGAACACUGCGAACCAACACGGACUAGAGUGUAUCCGGCUCCUCAAUGAAAUCAUCUCAGAUUUCGAUGUGCUUCUGUCUUUGUCGAAGUUUAUCAACGUGGAGAAAAUCAAGACAAUUGGAAGCACAUACAUGGCAGCCACAGGUCUACAACCAGGCAUGGAAAACAAAAAUGAGCCAUCUGAUUGUGAAUCAAAUCUGCUUACGAUGACUGACUUCGCUCUCGCCAUGCUGUCUACCCUGAUCAAGCUGAAUGCACAUUCCUUCAACCAUUUCCAGCUUAGAGUAGGUAUCAACAGUGGCCCUGUGACCGCUGGGGUGAUUGGAGCCCGGAAACCGCAGUACGACAUCUGGGGUGACACCGUGAACGUGGCUAGUCGAAUGGAUUCCUCAGGCGAAACCAUGAAAAUACAGGUUUGUGAAAAGUCGGCACAGGUUUUAAUCUCGAAAGGUUACUCGUACAAGUAUCGAGGUUUGACUAAAAUCAAAGGGAAGCAACCCAUGCACACAUACUUUAUAACGCCUCACAGUGCGAGUAUAGAUACACAGUUAUAACAUCACAUUCGUAAUCUGUGGUUUGGAAAAUACUUUUGGGAAAGAUUGCCUAUUCGCAACAUUAUAUUUUGUGUGAACAAUAAUUUAUACAUCUUCACCGAAGUGACAAUUUGGUUUCUGUAAAAGAAAUACAAAGAUGUGUUUCUUGGUGUACAUGAUGGCAUAAGCUACUGCAGACGUUUUCAGUACCGGGUAAUGACAGAUGUUGCUUCUUCUAGAAGUAAUGGGUAUUUAUGUGUGGAGGAAUAUGUGCAGUAUUUUCUUUACAAAAGAAAGGCAGCAUAUAGUUUAACAAAGAAGUAAGUUUUUCUCUGAAAAUCGACUUGAUGCCCAUUACAUAGACUUGUGAAAUUUAAUUUCUCAUCAAAAUGGGAUGUUUCACUUCAUAAACAUAAAAAUACAUUUUGUGAGCAGACAUCAAAUAUUAAUAUUUCUUGUCAACUGAUGCUGCUUAGGAAAAAGGAGGAAUUUUCAGUCGCGUGACUGGAACAACAAGUAGAAGACUCCUUGGAAGAUUUUUUAGCCAUCCCAUUGGCUGUUGGGAUGUUCGGACCAGUCUACUAAGUAUCUUAGGGAGGAAAUGCCAUUAGUUUGAGGUCAGGUUAAGGAUUCAUGAAAAGAGAAAACGGUUUUCAAUAAUUUACUCAUUUGAAUACAUUGGUUACAUAAUAUAUUUAUUUCACAAUAACAAGAUAUGUGCAAUUUAUAAAUACACACAACUGGGAAUUUUAAAAUUCUUAUUGACUUGUAGUGAAAUUGAGUUUCAUGUUUCUUUUCUUUUUUCUUCUUAUUUCAAAUUGUGGAGAAAAGCCCAGUUUUGACUUGUGAAUUGACUGAUAUUGGAAUUUAGAAAGAUAUCUGAUUAAACUCUGGUGCUGGUGGAAUUUCAGCAUGAAUAUAUGGCUAACAUUGUCAUAAACAUUUACAUUCCUGCUGUACAGCACGAAGAACCACAAUAUAUUUUCUAUACUCAUUUAUUUACAUUUUUAUCCAGAUGUGUUCAGAUUUGAAAUUUGACUUUUUUUAGAAGCUGUUCCAAUUUGGAAGUAAACUUUCUUUUUGAAAACUUAUUUAUAUUUUCAUUGUCAUACGAGGUAGAUCAUAUUAGGAUGUAGUCAAACCUUUGUUUAGCAUAUAAGGCCAUAACUAGACUAAAAUAACUUGGGUUGGGCAGGCCUCGAAUUUGGCAAAUUAGAGGGCAACGCCACAUGCCACUGUUGAAGUUUUUAUUUAAUUACUGACUUCAACAAUGAUCAUAAUAUAACACAACAGCACCAAUUCAAAAGAAAUAAGUGCGAACGGUUUCAUGUUUUUGUAAUAAAACAACUUUCAGGAGUCAUGUUGGAGUACGAUGACCAAUCAUGAACAUGCAAAAUAAGGCACGGCCAGUUGGUCAUGAGACUCUCAUGGCAUUGCUCUCGUUCCAACAAGUGCACCACAACUAGUAUAUCAAGGGUCGUGGUAUGUGCUGUCCUGUCUGUGGGAUGGUGCAUAUAUAAAAGAUCCCUUGCUCCUAAUGGAAAAGAUUAACCCAUGAAGUGGCG